UAAUAAUGUUAUACUGUAUGAAUUUUUACAUAAAUAAUAAAAUUAAAUUGUAAAUAAAACAAAAAAAAAAAUUUUUUUUAAUAUAACAAAUAUAAUAAAGUAAAAAUAAUGACCAAUAAUGGAAUGCAUACGAUAAUAAAAAAUCGAGGAUGGUGGACGAGACGGACGACAUUGGAAAAAACACUUACUUCUUUUAGCAUAUUGACAAUAAUAGCUUUAGUAAUUUCUGUAAUAGGUUUAGUUGCUGUUAAUUUAUCUCAGAAAUAUCCACCAGGACAAGAUGGCUCAUCAACCAGUGAAGCAUUACGUAAUCCAACAGCAGCGGUUAUAACCACUUCUGAACAACAUACCUCGAAUUUACAAAAAUCUGAAAGUGAUAAAAAUAAAAUAUGCCUAACUAAAGAAUGUAUUCAUACAGCAUCAAAAAUAUUAGAUUCAAUGGAGAGUUCAAUUGAACCAUGCGAUGAUUUUUAUAGAUUCGCAUGCGGUAAUUUCCUAAAAAAAACUGCUAUACCUGAAGAUAAAGUUACAGUAAAUACAUUUUCUGAAAUUGGAGAUGAACUUCAGCAACAAUUAAAAGAAUUAAUAACUGAAGAAGCACCAGAAGAUUCUCCUAAACCUUUUAAAAUGAUUAACUGGUUAUAUAAGUCAUGUAUGAAUAAAUCACUAAUCGAGGAGCGUGGUAUUAAACCAAUUCAACAAAUUGCUGAAUCAAUUGGUGGUUGGCCUGUUGUUUUAGGUGAAAAAUGGAAUGCAGAUUCGUGGACAUGGCAAGAAACAACAAAAAAAUUUAGAAGACUUGGAUACAGUGUCGAUUAUAUAAUUGAUUUUUCAGUUGGAAUUGAUUUAAAAAAUUCUACAUCAAGAAUUAUUGAUUUGGAUCAGCCAUCUUUAGGUUUAAGUCGAGAAUAUUUGAUCAAGGGUUUCGGUGAUCCACUUGUUGAUGCUUAUUAUAAAUAUAUGAUCGAUAUUGCAGUAAUUUUUGGCGCUGAUAGAGAAAAGGCAACUGAAGAAUUAAAAGAAUCUAUAGAAUUUGAAAUGGCAUUGGCAAACAUAUCACUUUCAAAUGAAAAACGUCGUAACACAACCAACCUUUACAAUCCAAUAACACUUAAGCAACUACAAAUGGAAUAUACUUAUAUGGAUUGGUUAGAUUAUAUUAAUAGUCUUCUCCCAAAAAGUAUUCAAAUUGAUGAAAAUGAAAUUAUUAACAUUUCUGUGCCUGAUUUCUUAAAAAAUUUGGGUUCAUUAUUAGCAAAAACUGAUAAAAGAAGAAUAGCUAAUUAUUUAAUGUGGAGAAUACAUGGUUAUUCUGCGUUCUUUUUAACUGAGGAAAUUCGUAAAAUUCAAAUGAAAUUUAUAACAUCUGUAAGUGGAAAACAAGAUCAAGAACCAAGAUGGAAAGAAUGCGUUGAUAUAACUGCUAGCAGUUUAUCAAUGGCUGUUGGAUCUCUAUAUGUUAGAAAACAUUUUAAGGAAGAUGCAAAAAGUAUAGCUAUGGAAAUGGUAAAUGGUAUUAGACAAGUUUUCAAAAAAAUACUUCAGGAAGUCGCCUGGAUGGAUGAAAGUACAAGAACAUCAGCUUUAAUAAAAUUAGAAAAAAUGACAACACAUAUUGGUUAUCCAAAUGAAUUGAUGGAUGAUUCAAAAAUAGAAAAUUAUUACAAAGAAUUAGAUAUUGAUCCUCAACGUUAUUUAGAGUCUAUACUAAAUAUGAGUAUAUUUGGUACUAACUUUGCAUUUGGUAGAUUAAGAUCACAUGUUAAUAAAACAGAUUGGAUAACACAUGCUAAACCAGCAGUUGUUAAUGCUUAUUAUGCUUCGCUCGAAAAUAGCAUACAAUUUCCUGCUGGAAUUCUUCAAGGCAAAUUCUUCUCAGCUGAUAGACCAAAAUAUAUGAAUUAUGGUGCUAUUGGUUAUGUUAUUGGACAUGAAAUCACUCAUGGUUUUGAUGAUCAAGGUAGACAAUUUGAUGUCAAUGGAAAUUUAAUAGAUUGGUGGAGAGGUGAUACUAAAGAAGCUUAUUUGAAAAGAGCAAAAUGUAUUAUUGAACAAUAUGGAAAUUAUACAGAACCUUUAACUGGACUUCGGUUGAAUGGAAUCAAUACGCAAGGUGAAAAUAUAGCAGAUAAUGGUGGUAUUAAAGAAUCUUAUUACGCUUAUAAAGAAUGGGCUGCAGAAAAUAAACCAGAACCAAGUUUACCAGGUUUACCAUAUACACCUUCACAAAUGUUCUGGAUUUCAGCUGCCCAAACUUGGUGCUCAAAAUAUAGAAAAGAAUCAAUGAAAAUGAGAAUUAUAACUGGUGUUCAUUCUCCAGCUGAAUUCCGAGUUCUCGGUCCUAUGAGCAAUAUGGAAGAAUUUUCAAAUGAUUUUAAUUGUCCUCAAGGUUCUAGAAUGAAUCCAAUACAUAAAUGCAAAGUUUGGUAAAACAAAAACACAUUGAAGAUUCAAAGAAAGACUUUAAAAUGUCUCAGAAAAUAAUUAGGCAUCAAUUUAUCACACAUCAAAAUAUCGCAUAAACAUUUGUUAUAAAAGAAAAACAUUAUCUUUCAUUUGUUAGACUUUUUAGCGUCGUCAUGUAUAUAUUUUAAAGCUUCCAUACUAUUAAAUUUACAUCCCUUUAUUUUUAUAGUGAUAUCGUUUACUUUUUAAAUUUACAUCUUUUAUAUUGUUAUUUAAAGUAUGUAUGUAAGGCAAAAAAAAAAUAAUUAUAAUUAAAUUCACUAUUAAGAAUAAAAUUUAUUU